UGAAGAAGACAACGAUUUUUUAUUCCCUUUUUGAGAACGAAAAGGAUUCAGUCCUGGCUCUCUUGCCAAUGCCUUCAGGGCCAACACGUUGUGUACCUGUUUGCAGUCCUGCCUCGCUGCUUCCAUGAUUGAGCGGCAGAGGAAACAGGAUCACGGUCCACAGCUGGAUAAGGGAUACACAUCUUCCACUUGCUGCUGUCGGGAAGCCAUUGUAGAGUAGAGGAAUAGGGGGAGGAGUAUGUUCACAAAUCAAACUUAAGAUGACUAUCUAAAGUCUGAUGGCAGACCAGCUCAAAUCUGGAUGAACGGGAGGUUUCACUUUCUUUCGCUUCACAUUUGUAUCCAACACAUGCGGGAAUCUGUGAGUGCGUAAUUGGCAAACCCAUGCCCGGCCAGAAGUAGUAAACCCUCAAAAGGUGUUUGAAAAGGUUGCAAAUCAACACCGUGUGGACUGGCCACUGUAGAAAGACUGGCCAUUUCUGAAAGCCUCUUGCGCAAAUUGGUUUUCUUCCGUAGAAUAUCUCCGUAACAAAACAGGGGACGAGGCAUAGCUCCGCCCCUUGACGUUUCUGAGGUCCUGCCCAGGCUCUGUGCCGUCUCCCCCUCUGAAGUUCUGCUUUCAUAUUGUUGGACUGCUGGAUCAGAGACGAGAGGAGAACCUGAUGUGCACCCCCUCAGCCCGGACAGCUACGAGAGGCUGUCGUUGGUGGGACAGGCCCUUCCCCCGGCUUCCCCUCGCCCUUCCUCUUCCCAGACGGCCUGUCGUCAAUAGAGACCCUCCUCACCAACAUACAGGGGCUGCUCAAAGUGGCCAUUGACAAUGCCCGGGCCCAGGAGAAGCAGGUGCAGCUGGAGAAGACGGAGCUGAAGAUGGAGCUGUUCAGGGAGCGGGAGCUCCGUGAGACCCUCGAGAAGACUCUCGCUGUGGAGCAGAAGAACAGAGCCAUCGUCCAGAAGCGUCUGAAGAAGGAGAAGAAGGCCAAGAGGAAACUGCAGGAGGCGCUGGAGUACGAGUCCAAGAGGCGGGAGCAGGUGGAGAUGACCCUCAAGCAGCCCUCCCCCUCCGACAGCAUGCGCUCCCUCAACGGCCAGACCCUCGCCAGGCAAACCCCCUCGCCCGUUGCCGUGCGCAACCCCGCCCACUGUUAUGCCUUCGACUCCCUGACCCCUGAGAUGGAGAGUGACCGCAGCAGUGGAAGAACAGAUGCUGAAAGGACAAUACAAGAUGGAAGACUGUUCCUGAAGACCACAGUGAUGUACUGAUAAGGAAGGAGGGCCCGAGGAUAGGAUGAAAGGAGGAGGAAGAGAAAAAAGGAGAAGAAAGAAACCUAUGAAGAUUCUGAAGAGCCCGUAAGCAGGCUGGUUAAAACAAAAAGAACGGUUGGGAAUCGAGACGGUCUUAUGGAGUCCAAUGGAAGUAAUGUGUCCAGCCCGAUGCUGGAAUGUCAGCUUGUGUCUGAAUGUACAAUACGAUUUUUUUUUCUUUUUUCAAAAAGGCCAACAUAAGGUAAACUCAUUAAGAAAUGUUUGGCACAGUCGAUGGGCUUUAACUGAAGGAUUAAAAAAGAAAAGAAAACUAUUGAGCACAGAAUAAUGUACCAUCGGUACACUGUUGGUGAUUAUUAACACAUUAAUUCACAGCACUGAAGAUGUUUUUAUACUGUAUCUCAACCAGCGAGAAAAGCUUUGAAAACAAGUUGACACUCAAGUUUGAGUUCGUAUUUCAAAUUGAAUUUUCACACGACGAGAAGUAACAACCGUGGGGACGAAUCUUGCGUAAAAAGACGAAAAAAAUGUGAAUCUUUCCGUGUUUGGUUGAGAGAAAAAAGACAGAGGAUUGAUUUUAAUGUUUUCUAAAUUAGAUGAAAAUACAAUCAAGUUUCCUUUCUACCAUUGUUGUAAAUAUAUACAAGCUGACCAUAUUGACAGGGACAUAAAAACCCUAUCGAGAACCGAGUGGAUUGAAAGGUGUGUGUAUAUAAAGUUAAGAGGUGUUGUGUAUGCGGUUAGAGCUAUUAGGCAAACAAUACCACCAUUUAUAUAAACUUAUAGUUUGUUUUUUGUUCUAUUUCUGAGCCAUCAUUCUUUCAAAUAGCUGCCAUUUUGGUGAGAAAGCAUGCAGGCAUGUAAAUGUUUGUCCUGGAAUUAUGAUAUUUAAUAAAUCCUAUAUUGUGCUGAACAAAUACAAGGGUUUACUCACUCAAGCCCAGAUCAUUUUGAAAACAUAAUCUAAAGUUUCACUUUCCAAUAAAGAUUUUUUGCUGUCAAUAGUACUGUAAUCUUUGUAACAGAGAUAAUGUUCCUUUAAUUUCACUGUGUGUACAUUUUGUUUCUCCUUAACCAUUCUCAAAAACGAAUGCCUGACGAGGCCCUUUUUUAAAAAUAAAACCCAGUAUAUUAAUAACUAUGUAUCACCUCAAGAAGCAAAAACAAUCAGUCAUGGCACAACUUUUACACGACUAAUUGCCAUUUUAUCUCCUUUUUCCGUUCCCCUCUCUUUGACCUACACAAACAGAGAUGGACUUUUUUCUUGGAAUGGGUGUAUUCAUGCAUUGUUAAUGAGAAAAAAAAAAGAAGAAAAAAGUCAAUCAUGAAUAAUCAUUUGCUUGUGACUUUCCCUGAAGACAGUUUUCUAUGCCAGUUGCAGUGCUCAGGCACUUGUGUAUAAUAUACUCUCUAGACAUGUGGCCGAUGACUUGGCUCUUUUUAAACAUCGGCUAUGACCUGUUGUGUUUUAAAAGCGGGACAGGAAACGUGUUCCUUGUUCGAAAUGUAUUUGUUCCCUUAUUGUUUUUGUUUAUUUGUUUUGUUUGAAUUUUUUUUAAUGGAGUAGGUCUAUUGUCAACUUGUCACUGAUAACUUAUAUAGCUUCUGAAAUCAUCUCCUCAUUGUACUACAAAUUCAAAUAAAGUUAUUGUUGAUGAUAAA